ACUUGACGCGAAAGUUUUCGAAACUUCAGUCCGCACUUGGCGAAUGAACGUUGAAGCACGCUGAGCGCGUCCACAAAUCACCGAACGUUUAUGCGACGAACGCGAAGUGAUCCAAUGUGACUAUUUCAGUUUUUCUCGUAAUUAUUAUUAUUUUUUUUUUGGUUCAACUUGUUGCUAGUGGGCGAUUUUUGCCAAUAAUUUGACAAUGAAUGGGACUAGUUGAGUGUUGGCUCCUGAUUUACCUGUGCAUCUACUGGACGAUUUUGAGAGGUCCAGGCGAACAAUUGCGCCCACCACGCAGCCUUCAACAGCAGCAGCGCCCUCAGCCGGCAGCACACUGCACCCGGUCGACUCCCCCAAGAAGGCUUGGAAGCCGUACGAACACCUGCUGCCCGCCAUGACGAUGGCUGAAAGCUCCCUUGAGGCACAAGUCGCCCCCUCGCAAGACAAGACGAACAACAACCACCCGUUGGUGGUCAACCACAACCACCGCCCAAUGGCCAAGCAGCGCAAGCGCAAGCGACUCAGUCAGGUGCUGGAUAAGCUGACGGCUGGCAAGGAGGAGGAGGGCGAGCAACAGCUGCAGAAGACGCUGAACCUGUACAACAACAACGAGGGCGACAAGGAGGCGCUGAAGAAGAAGCACUAUGUGGGCGAGGUGUUUCGGUUCGAUUCGGUCGAGCGGGAGCGACUGUGCAAGCAGGCCAGUGAGGAGGAGGACGUGUUCAGUCCGGCGAGCUCCAGCAACAAGUCGCCCCAUAGUUCCACAGAGUCGCCCCGGAUCAGCUUCAGUCCGUUGCGUAUUAAGGAGGACAACAACAGUCCGUCGCCGCCGCUGUUCCACCGGCCGCCAGUGUGUCCGUGCUUUCAGUGCGUGACGGGGGCGGGCCACCAUCCGCCCACCCUCCAUCCCUACGACCGAUUCUUUCCCGCCUCCCCCAUCAGCCCUUUGACGCCCGCCUCGCCCGCCCCCAGCUACAACUUCGAGCGCUACCUCCACUCCAAGUACUUGCCGGACAUCUUCAGGAGGCGCAGCCAUUCCGAUUCGGACCUUCCUCUGUGGCUGGAUGCUACCAAGAGCGACAAAACCGCGCCCCAGUGGACUCAUCCGCUGACGUUGCCCUCAUCCCGGUCCUCAGCCGAGGCGGAAUCGUCCUCCAUACCCCAAGAGUAUCCUCUGGACUUGUCCAUGAAGAGUAUCAAGGCUCGGGAAAAGGCAGCCAGCUCUUUGGAGUCUCUCACUGGGCAAGGCGGGCUGCAGCUCAUGCCCGCUGGGUUUUUGCCUCCAAGAGGCGCCGUUUCCGUUCCGGUAGUCAAGGGCGACGUCGCCUCUCCCACCACCAAGGAGUCAGUGGCGUCCCGGUACAACCUGGAGGUGUCCCCAGUGGUGGAGGAAAUGCCUCCCGGCUCGGACGUGGCCUUUGUGUGUCCCGUUUGCGGCCAGAUGUUCUCUCUGCACGAUCGCCUGGCCAAGCACAUGGCAUCUAGGCACAAAAGCCGGCAGAGUUCGGCCGAGUCCACGGCCAAGGCCUACCUUUGCGAGGUGUGCAAGAGGUCUUUUGCUCGCAGCGAUAUGCUGACCAGGCACAUGAGACUUCACACCGGAGUGAAACCCUACACAUGUCGCGUUUGUGGGCAAGUUUUCUCGCGUUCCGAUCACCUGUCGACGCAUCAGCGCACCCACACGGGCGAGAAGCCCUACAAGUGUCCCCAGUGUCCCUACGCGGCGUGCCGUCGGGACAUGAUCACCAGGCACAUGAGGACCCACACGCGUUACGAACCUGAGAACUUGAACACUCCGCCUACGAUCAAGACUGAGAGCAACCAAUGAUACCGACGGGGGAUUAGGGCGGUUUUGGGGCCACUGGUGCUCUAGUGCUGGGUCUCCAGACAUUCUAGCUACACUAUCCAAUCCGAAUUUCCUACUCACUUAAUUAUGCCGCUGAGUUUUUUCAUUUGCGUCUGGAACUGGCUUCGGAGCUUUUCUGAUGGCUGCAUGAAGCAAGUUCCUAGUUUGCAGGAGGUUGAACCAUUCCAGAGUUAGGAGAUUAUGUGAACUGCUGCUGCUUGGAGGCCAGUAAUCCAGGACAAUCGGAACUUUUUAUGUGCCAAAAUCCGUUUACAUGAACAGGUUUUUCUUUAUCAGACUGUGAAGGCUUUCACGGCCGGUUAAAUCACAUUUAGGAAUGUUGGUCUAUGGGA